AUGACAAGCCUUCCGCGAUUACCUUCUGUACGCGACAUUGUCAAACUCUAUGGUUUGUCAGCCAAAUCACAGCUUGGUCAAAAUUUUAUUCUCGACAAAAACAUUACUGACAAGAUUGUUCGAUCCGCCCAUUUAUCCAAUCAGACACCUCUUGUUGUUGAAAUCGGACCUGGUCCUGGACUUUUGACACGUUCGAUUUUGGACAGUGGUGCAAAACACGUCCAACUUUCGGAAGCAACGCAGGGUCGACUCCGAGUACUGCAAGGCAAUGCAUUGACAGUGACGCUUCAAGACAUACUUGAACCUUCAUCAUCAUCCUCUUCUGCCUCGCAUCCUGUACAAUUGGAAGGACACGAACCGCUGCAUAUCAUGGGCAAUCUGCCAUUCAACGUUGCAUCGCCGCUACUCAUGCAAUGGCUGCAUCAAUCGGCAGGUCGACAAGGUCUGUUUGGCUUGGAAAAUGAUGUGUGGAUGACUUUGAUGUUUCAAAAAGAAGUGGGAGAGCGAUUGUCUGCCAAACCGUCCACAGAACACCGAGGUCGAUUAUCUGUCAUGGCACAAAGUCUAUGUCAAGUGAAAACCGUGUAUGCCGUUCCUUCUACAGUGUUCGUUCCACGACCCAAGGUGGAUGCUUCUGUAGUUCAGCUUAAACCGCGAGAAACUGAGGAAAUGAUGAUCAUUCCGAAUUCUUACAAACUACUUGAAGAAAUUGUGCGAUAUUAUUUCACCAAGCGACGGAAAGCAAUCGGUCACAUAUCAAAACGCCUGGCUAAGGAUAUGCCACAAGUCAAAAACAUAAUAGACGAGUUGGAAACGGUCAUGGAUUUCAAAGCUAGACCCGAAGAUAUCCCGACAGAUACCUUUUGCUCGGUUGCUAACUUGUUUCAUCAGCACAACAUCACCACCGUUUCUGCUGUGUGA